AUGGAUUUUUGCAUCAGCUGCCCAGAAGAUCAACAUCCAAACAAAGACAGAGAUCUCUGCAUUCCCAAGGUUCAAAACUUUCUUUCUUUUCAAGAGCCUUUGGGAAUCGUUUUAGUUUUUCUGGCUUUUUUCUUGUCUCUGAUCACAGUCCUGGUGCUUGCAGUCUUUAUUAAACAACAUGAAACACCUAUUGUCAAAGCCAGCAACAGGGAACUCAGCUACCUUCUCCUCAUCUCUCUCCUUUUUUCUUUCCUCUGUUCUCUUCUCUUCAUUGGACAGCCCAAUAAGGUGACUUGCCCUCUCCAACAAACAGCUUUGGGCAUCAUCUUUUCAAUUGCCAUUUCUUCUGUUUUGGCCAAGACUGUUACCGUGGUUCUUGCUUUCAAGGCCUCCAAACCAGGAAACACUGUACAAAAAUGGAUUGGGAAAAGACUGGCCCAAAAUAUUGUUAUUUUUUGCACCCUUCUUCAGAUAAGUAUAUGUGUUUUUUGGUUGGCUACAUCUCCCCCAUUUCCAGAUUUGGACAUGCACUCACUGUCUGGAGAAAUCAUAAUAAAAUGUAAUGAAGGAUCACUUACCAUGUUUUACACUGUCCUCAGCUACAUGGGCUUACUGGCAACCAUCAGCUUUGUGGUGGCAUUCCUAGCUAGAAAGUUACCAGACAGUUUCAAUGAAGCUAAGUUCAUUACCUUCAGCAUGUUGGUCUUUUGUGCAGUUUGGCUAACCUUUGUUCCAAGCUAUCUCAGCAUUCAUGGAAAAUACAUGGUGGCCAUGGAGAUCUUCUCCAUUUUGGCCUCCAGUGCUGGGGUCCUGGCAUCCAUCUUCUCACCAAAGUGCUAUAUCAUUUUUCUGAGGCCCGAACUGAACAGCAGAGAGCACUUAACCAGGAGAAAGCAUUGAAGCAUGUAGCCUUCAGUCCAUUUUCUCUAUGAAUCUCUUAAAAACAGUUGAUUGGUAUUUUUAUAUUUCUUCAAAAGUGCUAAUAGGGUGAGUCAAUGGACUUUGCUUUCUUGGGCGACUCUGUUGAAAGAACUCAUUUAGUUUAGUUCCA